AUGGGCAUCAAGAGCAUCUUUCUUCGGUCCUCCUUUGCCAAGUACGGCAAGAGUAUCAAGGAGACACCUCGCGGAGUCAUUGCCAACAGCACCCUACUAUGUAGUUCCUUACUCUAUGCCCUAGGUGGCCUCCCGAUGACAUGGGAACAGGGCGCGUCGGCAGUCGUUCCCUCUCUGCCAGGCUUCCAAAAGCAGUUUGGUAUCAAAUCGGGCUCCAAAGCCAGCGAGAUCCAGACAUAUGUUUCCAUCAUCUACAUCGGAUACGCUAUCGGUGCGGCACUAUCCUUCUUGGUCAACGACUACAUCGGCCGCCGAUGGGCAUACCGCCUCUACUCGGGAGUCUUCAUCGUCGGCCAGGUCGCUUCCUGCUUGUCCCCUAACAUGAAGGGCCUUCUGGCAUCACGGAUUAUAUCGGGUAUGGGCAUUGGCUCGCUCAGCGUCGUCAGCCCGAUGGCUCUUGUUGAGAUCGCACCCAAGGAGAUCCGUGGCCUUCUCACCUCUUGGUACACCGUUUUCAUGGGGGUGGCGUUGACUGUUGCUAGCUUCUGUGUCUUGGGCAUCUACAACAAUAUCCCAACAAGCAAGCUUCAGUACCAGAUCCCCCCGAUCGCCGCGUCCAUCUUCGUCUUUAUCUGCAUACUCUCCAGCUUUUUCAUCAGCGAGUCGCCCAGGUGGCUUAUCCUCGUUGGCCGACGGGAGGAUGCAAUCGCAGCCCUCACCAAGCUCCGUCGUCUUCCCGCCAACCAUCCCCGCAUCAUCGGAGAGCUCAACGACAUCCAGUCGUCUGUCAUCAUGGCCGAGGGUGAUGUCGAGGGCAAACCCAACUUCUUGUCUAUCGUCAAGGAGACUUUCACUGUCGCCUCCAACCUGCGUCGCCUGCAGCAAGUGCUAGUAUCAUACGCUCUAGCACAGCUUUCCGGUGCCAAUUCAGUUACGAGCUACUUUAUUCCGAUCAUGGCCCUCCUGGGCAGCAGUGAGGAUGUCGCCCACGAUAUGUUCCUCAGUGGGAUGUACGGCUUCUCAAAGCUGGUCUUCAGCAUCCUGGCUUCCUUCUUCUUCAUCGAUGUUCUUGGUCGACGACGAUCGUUGUUCAUCGGCAUGACGAUUCAGAUGGUUUCGCACAUCUACAUUGGCGUCUUCAUCAAGUCCUACCAGGAAGGCCCUGUGUCCACAGCUGCAUCGGCUCUUGCCGUUGCGGCUAUCUAUAUCCACGCGCUCGGGUACGCUAUCGGUCUCUUCAUCCUGCCAUACGUCUUCGGUGGUGAGCUGUGGCCUAACAGGAUCCGAUCCUUUGGUGGUGCUGUUGGGCAGACUUUCCACUGGCUGUUCAUCUACGCAGUCAAAUUUUCUCUCUCCGACCUUCUUGAAGUCACCGAUAACUGGGGCGCGUUCCUUUUCUUUGCAGGAUGGUGCUUCGUGGGCCUGAUCUACGUGUAUCUGAUGGUUCCUGAGGUUGCCGGCCUUAGCGUCGAGGACAUCGAUAAAAUCUUCAAGGGUCCGUGGUUCAACGCCUGA